CUCUUCCUCUCUCCACAUCCACAUCCAUCCGAACAUCCCCUCAAGAUGCAAUUCCUCUCCCUCUUCGCCUUCGUGGCCACGACGGUCAGCGCUGCUGCCAUUGAGUCCCGUCAGGUGUGCUCAGUCACUCCGCUCCUCGACCUUGUGGACAUCAGGAGGGCUUUCGUCAGCGCGCAGUUGGUCCCAGUGACCCCUGCCCAGUUUCGUCCAAUGGGCCCGAAUGCGAACUUAGAGAAUACCUUUGAUCCUCUACUUUCAGUUUCGGUGACCUAUGGCCGAAAGGCCGUCACCCUGGGCAACACCUUCUCUCUCGCGGAGACUGUCCUCGAGCCAGCGAUUAGCUUCACAGCUGAGCGCCUCGUGAACCCCUACACGACAAAGUAUACCAUCAUCAUGGCGGACCCGGAUGCCCCUAGCCCGACGACUUCGAUCCUUACGAACUUCUUGCAUUUGAUUGUUUCAGACGCACAGCCUGUCUGCGUUGCUGAUCAAGAACGCAAGACCGUUGCCCCAUACCUACCCCCGACGCCAUUGUUAACUCCUCACCGAUACGCCUUCUUCGUCUACCGCCAGCCUCCAGGCUACGUCGCUCCGCCUCCAUUGCAGAACUUGCUCGGUGUUGUCCGCGCCGGCUUCAACGUCACCAAGUAUGCCGAUGACAACGGCCUUGAAGGCCCUAUUGGAGGCAACUUCUACCGCGAGGGGCUUGCGAACUUUCUUGGUGGUGUCGGCCAGUAAGGUGAUGUCGAUGCAACGACCUGAGAGGAAGAACGUGGGAGGGAAAGCGAUGGAGACUUGAUCACCGAUUUGCAGCGCUGGUGAAUGUGGAGAGGACCGAGAGCUAUGCCUUGCGAGACGCAGACACCCGUGUAUCAUUCGAUAUUGUGUCAAUUGAAUUAUGCAAAGGCUGUUGAGUUCCUGGCGAUCAG